CGACGUCAACGAACGGAUACUUGGGAAUCCGCUGCCAGUGUUAGCGAUCCGGCUGCUGAAUGUGCACCAUACAGUUAUGCUCCUGUUCAAGCCAUGGUCAAGAGCUAUCCAACGAUUUGGGAAAUUGCCAGCGUUUCUCAACCCGGAAUCGAUCCACUUGCCUCUACUCUCUUCAACCAGCUUUCACCUAGUAUACCCAAUAUCAAAGUCAAGGGUACUCCCACUGGUGACUUCAGUGCUUCGAACACUACCUACUCUCGCUCUGAUCCGGACUGCUGGUGGACAUUUUCAAACUGCACCACGCCGAAACUUGCUGGCUUGGUACACGACGUCGCAUCUUGUCCUGAACCUAAUACUUGGGGCUUGUCGAUCGACGAUGGACCAAAUUGCUCUCACAAUGCGUACUACGAUUUUUUGCGUCAAUCAAAUCAAAAGGCCACUUUGUUUUACGUUGGAUCCAACGUCAUUGAUUGGCCCCUCGAGGCUCAACGUGGGCUUGCUGACGGUCAUGAGAUCUGUGCCCAUACCUGGUCCCAUCGAUACAUGACUGGUCUUACCAACGAACAAGUGUUUGCAGAGUUAUACUUUAGCAAGAAGAUCAUUAAGGAUGUUCUCGGGGUGACAGUCCAAUGCUGGAGACCCCCAUUCGGAGAUGUAGAUGACCGAGUUCGAUUCAUUGCCAAUGCACUUGGGAUGUCUACAAUACUUUGGGACAAUGACGUCAAUGACUUCAGAUAUGCGACCCUCGGACAAGCUGUGGUCAACGCCAAGUAUCAGGGUAUCAUUGACGCAGCCUCCAAAGGUGCUUACAGCACUCACGGAACCAUUGUUUUGUCACACGAAUUGAACGCGGAUACCAUGACAACCAACCAAAAUUUCCUGCCCAAAAUUUCUCAAGCUUUCAAGUACAUCACACCGGUCGCUGUUUGCCAGAAUAACUCGCAGCCAUAUGUUGAAACAAAUUUCACAUAUCCU